AUGGAGGAAGAAGAAUUAAAAGUUGAUGGAUUGAGUAUGGGUGAUUUUCACAGCAAUCAGAAAGAGAACUUUGAAUUGGCUUCUGAUUUUAAUGCAACAGAUGAUAAGAACAAUGGGUUUACCCAAGAGAAUCAAGCAGAAGAUAGUAAUGCUGAAGAAGAGUAUGACGAUGAGGAAGAUGAAGACGCAGAAGAAACAUAUUCAUUGAGAUUCAAAGGAGAGACAAAUCCCUUGGCCCUCACAGAGGAUGAUGCUUUUGGAGUUCAGGCUUAUGAGUGUUUGGAACAACCGGGGCAUGAGUAUGAAGCUUUGGCUGCUAAAAAGCGUAAAGAAAGCCUCAAUUACAAUCAUCUAGGAAUGCCACCUGUAAAGAAGUUGAGACAAGAGGAUUAUCCUGGACCAAGCUUUGAAGAUUUAUUGGCAAUAAUAACACAUGGAAAAAGAAGAAAGUAA